AUGUCUGCAUUUGCUGGUGCCCAAGGCUACGAGAACCUGAGCUCGGCUCAGCAGCGAGAACGAAACCCCUUCGGCCAUGGACUCGCUCCUCGCCCGUCGGCGGCACCCGACCACCUGUCGCGCGUCUUGCACAUCCCUUCUCGCGCCGCGUCGGAGCCUCGUCUGCACGUCCACGACGUGAGCGCCGAGUACAGGCAUUCGAUUCGCCAUUCCCCCCUCGGCGGCGGCGAGCUCAUCGGCGAUGCCCUCAUGGGGAGCCAGUUGUUCUUCACGAGAUUGAGCACCAUGCCCGAGCCGACGGGUGAUGCCGACGACCCCAAGACGCUGUACAGCAUCGACCUGGGCGGCGACGAGACCAACCCGACACUAGACUUGCGACGAAUCCAAGCCGAACAGAACAGUGCUCGCGUUACAAUCUCGCUCCCCCACGCGACCGAUCAUGUCAAGCUGAGCCUCGACAAGGAACUGGACAUGACCGCCUCGUUUCCGCUCGCCGAUGCGGCCUCCGGCGCAGGAUCCGUCCCACAUUCCUUCUUCACCCUUGCCUCCCCCGAUGGUACGAAGAAAUGGCAAUGGCAGGUGAACCCUCCCGUGAGCGGCCCGUUGCGGUACACUCUCGUCGAGGCCGACGACGGCGACGAUGAAUUCUCGUCAAGGCCCGACAAGGUCAAGGCCAUCUAUCACCACAUCGGAAAAGGCGCCCCGUUGUCCAUGCGCACCGGCCAUGGUCUUUUGCUCUUGCCGGCGAGCGAUGCCGACGCUCGCUCGACCACCGAGGAGCUGGUUGUUCUGGCCAGCCUUCUGGGCCUGCUGUGGAGGGUGCGCGAAAUGCAAGUCAGCAAGGUCGUCGAUGGUGUGCCCUGCAAGGAGAACAAGUCCUUUCUAUCACGGUUGCUUUCAAAGUAA